ACUCGGGGAGGACCGGCACGGCAAUGACAUCAGUGCUUUAAACAACUUGUUAUUCGGGAGCAAUCAGCUGCAAUUAGGUAUUAAUUAAGUAUUAUGAAAGUUGAUUAUUUAAGUGAAUUCGGCUUUCGUCUCUCCGACUAUGGCAGUUACUGGCAUUGCUGUAGAGACAUCCUGAACGACGUGUUGGAAAAGGAAGUGCACAGGACAGUCUUUCUGCAUUGUGAACAUGUUUGAGACCCCCAUGCAAAGCUGUGCUUUGUUCUGACUCCAAGUCUCCUCAGACAUGGCCGAGGAAAAUGCACCUGAAAGAACUAUAUGCACUGACGCAGCCUCAGGAAAACCCGCGAUGGCUGCCAAGCGCAAAGGCGGCCUGAAGCUAAAUGCCAUCUGUGCCAAGCUGAGCCGCCAAGUUGUCUUCGACCACGGGGCAGCUGAGCAGGCACGUGCAGACAAGGGGCCACAGCAGGAGAGCAGCAACAAGGACUUGCCCCAGCCUGGGACCAAAGAGCUGGGGACAGAGUUUUCAGAUGGACUCAGCCGCGUGCAGAAGAUCGAGGAGGACAAAAGGAGGGAGGUGAUCGAGAAGUGGGUGAACGGGGAGUACAAUGAGGAGCCCUUGCUGGGGAGAGCAGAGGGCAAGGAAUGUAAGGGCACCGAGAGUGCCGAGGUGCCCCCCGAAGGGGUUUACAUGGUGCAGCCCAAGGGCUGCAGCGAUGAGGAAGAUAACGGGGACGAGGCAGACGCUCUGAGGGGCUCGCAGGAUGGCAACUUCUUGGAUGACAGGGAUUCAGACGGGCCAGCGAAGGACGAUGCCUACCGGUCCUCCAGUGGCGAACCAGGCUCCAAGCUGGGGGCAGGAACCACCUCAGGGGAAGCUUCAUCACUGCGGGAUUACGCCGCCACCACCAUGAACGAGUUCCUGGGCAUGUUCGGCUACGACGACCAGAACAUGCGGGAUGAGCUGGCCCGCAAGAUCAGCUUCGACAAGCUGAACGCUGCUACCUCCGAGGCCACCGCCACUGCUGCCUCCCUCCCCGGCGAAGAUGCCAUGAGCAAACGAGCCCGCUUCUCCAAGUACGAGGAGUACAUCCGCAAACUGAAAGCUGGAGAGCAGCUCUCGUGGCCCAUGCACUUGGCCAAAUCUGAGGAGUUGGGCUCCAAGCUGGGCAAAGAGUCGUCCUCAGUGCUGGCACAGCCCAUUCGGGUGCCAGGUCCAGACACCUCCAUGCUGACGGAGACCAAAGCCACUAUCCUGCCACUGCCCUCUCCCAGCAGUUCCCAGAUGCAAGGCCUGAUGUCACGGGCCUCCAAAUAUGACUUCUUCAUUCAAAAGCUGAAGACAGGUGAGAGCAUCAGGCCACAAAAUGGCAACACUUACAAGAAGGCCUCCAAGUAUGACCUAGAAAAUGUCAAGUACUUGCACCUUUUCAAGCCUGGGGAAGGAAGCCCAGAUAUGGGAGGAGCCAUCGCCUUCAAGACAGGCAAGGUAGGCCGGCCUUCCAAGUAUGACGUGAGGAACAUUCAGAAGCUUACUCCAGUAAAAGCUCCAGUCCCCAGCCUGGCCCCUGCUUCCCUCGUCAGUACCCCCAGCAGCACUCCCGUGGCCGGGCCAGAGCAGUCCAUCUCAUUGCCAUUCAACACUCCUGAGUACCUGAAAUCAACUUUCUCCAAGACAGAUUCCAUCACAACUGGAACAGUCUCUACAGUAAAGAAUGGAUUACCCACUGACAAACCAGCCGUCAGCGAAGACGUAAAUAUUUACCAGAAGUACAUUGCCAGGUUCUCUGGCAGUCAGCACUGUGGACACAUACACUGCGCCUACCAGUACAGAGAACAUUACCACUGCCUGGACCCCGAGUGCAACUACCAGAGAUUCACUAGUAAACAGGACGUGAUUCGCCAUUACAACAUGCACAAGAAACGUGAUAACUCCCUGCAGCAUGGCUUCAUGCGCUUCAGCCCCCUGGACGACUGCAGCGUGUACUACCACGGCUGCCACCUCAACGGGAAGAGCACUCACUACCACUGCAUGCAGGUGGGUUGUAACAAGGUCUAUACAAGCACCUCUGAUGUGAUGACCCAUGAGAACUUUCACAAGAAGAACACGCAGCUCAUCAACGACGGGUUCCAGCGGUUCCGUGCCACGGAGGACUGUGGCACUGUGGAAUGCCAGUUCUACGGGCAGAAAACCACUCACUUCCAUUGCAGGAGACCUGGGUGUACAUUCACCUUCAAGAACAAGUGUGACAUUGAGAAGCACAAGAGCUACCACAUCAAAGAUGAUGCCUAUGCCAAGGAUGGUUUCAAGAAGUUCUACAAGUACGAGGAAUGCAAGUAUGAGGGCUGUGUCUACAGCAAGGCUACCAACCACUUCCACUGCAUAAGGGCAGGCUGUGGUUUCACCUUCACCUCCACCAGCCAGAUGACCUCCCAUAAACGCAAACAUGAGCGCCGGCACAUCCGGAGCUCGGGAGUGCUGGGCCUGCCUGCCUCACUCCUGGGCUCCAAGGAUAACGAGCAAGAGGAGUCCAGUAACGAUGACCUUAUUGACUUCUCUGCCAUGAGCUCCAAGAACUCCAGCCUGAGUGCCUCCCCGACCAGUCAGCAGUCUUCCGUUUCUCUCAUCGUCCCAGCUGCACCCUCAUCUGCAGCUGAGCUUGCUUCCUCACAGGCCACCAAAUCUGCCAACAGCAUGACACCAGCCACAAAGAUCUCUGGCCUGCUUUCCCAGGCUCUUCCCAGCAAUAUACCCUUGGCCCUGGCACUCUCCAACUCAGCACUUCCUGGAACAGCUGGAUCCUUCUUCCCCAUCAUCCCCAGUCGGGUCUCUACACCACUUUCUGCCAGCUCAGCUAAUCUGAUGACUGCUGGUUCUUCUAGCACCAAUCCAGCAUCAUCUGCUCCUACAGAUUCCUCAUCCCAGGCAGUUUCAGGAUCUGGUGAACAAGUGGCUACUUCUUCACCUGCCCCAGCAGCCUCUAUAAUGGAAAGGAUCUCUGCUAGUAAGGGAUUAAUCUCUCCUAUGAUGGCCAGGCUUGCAGCAGCUGCACUCAAGCCCUCUGUGGCACUUGAAGCAGGGAAUGGACAGCCAGCACCUCCCGGACGGUUCAAUCCAGUCCAGGUGAAGCAGGAACCUGCGGAGGCCAUGGGACCAUCCUCUGCCACCAGUCAGGACCCCUUGCAGGAGCACAGCUUGGACCUGAGUGUCAAGGACCAUGGUAAUGAAUCAAAUGGCCACACAGUCUCAGCAAAUUCAUCUCUUUUAUCCUCGCUUAUGAAUAAGAUGUCCAAGACCAGUGCCAGCCUUGGCAACCUGCUGAACAUUAAGACAGAAGGCGAAGGCAGCCAGGCUGGGGCUGGGGAGCCAACCCAGUACUUGGGCAAGGCGGUGAAGGCACUUGUCCAGGAGAAGCUCUCUGAGCCGUGGAAGAUGUACCUGCGCCGGUUUGGCACCAAGGAUUUCUGCGAUGCCCAGUGUGACUUUCUCCAUAAAGUGCAUUUCCACUGUGUGGUGGAGGAGUGCGGGGCCCUCUUCAGCACCCUGGAUGGAGCCAUCAAGCACGCCAAUUUUCACUUCCGAACUGAAGGUGGAACUGUGAAAAGCAACUCUGAGUGUCCCUUCUCAACUGCUGCUGAGAAUAAGGCUUCACUGGCCCCUUCGUCACCAUCUGCUGCUUCUGCCACCGUGGCCAGUGCUCCUGCGCUUGACAUGCCCACUCCAAAUCCAGCUGCUAUGCCCUCUGCUCCCACACUACUUGCUUGGAAGCAGCUGGCUUCAACCAUACCCCAGAUGCCUCAGAUCCCAGCAACAGUGCCUAACCUGGCAGCUUCACCCUUGGCAACGACUUCCCUGGAGAAUGCCAAGCCUCAGGUCAAACCUGGAUUUCUCCAGUUCCAGGAGAAUGAUCCCUGCUUGGCAACAGACUGCAAGUAUGCCAACAAAUUCCACUUCCACUGUCUCUUUGGGAACUGCAAGUAUGUGUGCAAAACCUCUGGAAAAGCAGAAUCCCACUGCCUGGACCACAUCAACCCCAACAAUAAUCUGGUGAAUGUGCGAGACCAGUUUGCUUACUACUCCCUGCAGUGUCUCUGUCCAAACCAGCACUGUGAAUUCCGGAUGCGAGGGCAUUACCACUGUCUGCGUCCUGGCUGCUACUUCGUGACUAACAUCACCACCAAACUGCCCUGGCACGUGAAAAAACAUGAGAAGGCAGAGAGAAGGGCAGCAAACGGCUUCAAGUAUUUUACCAAGCGGGAAGAAUGUGGCAGACUAGGUUGCAAAUACAACCAGGUGAACAGCCACUUCCACUGCAUUCGAGAGGGUUGCCAGUUCUCCUUCCUGCUCAAGCACCAAAUGACAUCCCAUGCCAGGAAGCACAUGAGAAGGAUGCUGGGGAAGAACUUUGAUCGUGUUCCUUCUCAGGUUAUUGGCCACACUCCAAGAAAUGAAAAUCUCCCCCAGGUUGGCAGCAUGGCACCCAGCCCAGCCUCAUCAGGAACCCCAGCUUCCUUUCAGGGACCCCCAAGCAUGAUGGACACUGAAACAGAGGAGUACAUGGAUUACACUGGCUGUAGCCCUGGGGCUAUCUCCUCUGAAUCUUCCAAUAUGGACCGCAGCUGCUCCAGCACUCCAGUGGGCAAUGAAAGUACAUCAGCAGGGAACACCAUCACUAUGCCAACUGCCUCGGGGGCCAAAAAGCGUUUCUGGAUUAUUGAGGACAUGUCCCCAUUUGGCAAGCGCCGCAAGACCGCGUCCUCACGCAAGAUGCUGGAUGAGGGGAUGAUGCUGGAGGGGUUCCGGCGCUAUGACCUCUACGAGGACUGCAAGGACUCCAGCUGCCAGUUCUCUCUCAAGGUUACCCACUACCACUGCACUCGGGAGAACUGUGGCUACAAGUUCUGUGGCCGUACCCACAUGUAUAAGCACGCCCAGCACCACGACCGUGUCGACAACCUGGUAUUGGAUGAUUUCAAACGCUUCAAGUCCUCACUGAGUUGUAACUUCCCAGACUGUCAGUUCUCUGGCAAUAGCACACACUUCCACUGUCUGCGCUGCGGCUUCCGCUGCACUGACAGCACCAAGGUGACAGCCCACCGCAAGCACCACGGCAAGCAGGACGUCAUCAGCGCCGCCGGCUUCUGCCAGUUCAGCUCCAGCGUGGACUGCGAGGUGCCUGACUGCAAGUACAAACUCAAAUGCUCCCACUUCCACUGCACCUACCCUGGCUGCAAGCACACAGUGGUGGGGAUGUCACAGAUGGACUCUCACAAGCGCAAACACGAGAAGCAGGAGCGAGGGGAGCUGCCUGCCAUCUCUCCCGGCCCCGAGGGCCUUGCCCACUCCACUCUUGAGUACGAUAUCCAGAACUCUUCCAUCAACCUGGACAGUUCCCUCAACCUCAGCACUGACAACAACAGCUCCCUCUUCUUCCUGCAGAACGCUGCUGGGGUGGGACUCAGUGACUCCCUGGACCUCAGCAAGAAGCAGGCAGAAGUGACCGAGGGCCCGUCCCCCAGCAGAGCCGGGGGCGCGCCACAGGAGAGGAGCGCGGGGGCACCUGGCUCUGGUGAUGUGGAGGAUGAGGAUGACUCUUCUCAAGAGGAUGAAGAGGACGAUGAGGAGGAGAUGAAUGAAGAAGAGGAGGAUGAUGAAGAGGAGGAUGACGAUGAUGAUGAGGAGGAGGAUGAGGAGGAGGAAGACCUGAACACAGAUUCUGAAGAAUCGCUGCCAGACCCUGAAGGCCUGGCCACUAAAGAAGAUGGAGAACCAGAGGAGGGUGCUUCUUCCACAGACCAUGGAGAUGCUUCCAGGCCACAGGGCGAGCCAGCCCUCACUCCAGCCCCACCUCCUGCCCCUGCUUCAGCUCCGGCUGCUGCCUCAGCCUCCACCGUGGCUCCAGCAGCUUCUCCUUAAUCCUAGAGACAGCGACGGCAGUGGUUUGGUUUUUCUCUUACACAGAAUUAUUACGAGGACCCCGUAUGAGGCAAGAACAAAGAUGGGGAUGGCAAAUGAAAAACAAACUCUGUGCCACAAAUGAGAGAGAGGAAGGAAGGAAACCCCUGCUCCUCCCCAGGCCCCAGGAGAGAUUGGUUCGCAGCAGGACUGGUGCUGCAUCACUCCAUUCUACAGAUCCCGGAACAAGGGAGCAGGAUGCAGCAAAAAAUACCCUUUAUAGGGACAUGAACCCUGAGGGUACCCACUGCUUUUCCUUGCUCCCUGCACGGUGCGUGGGGCCUGUGCCCAUCUGGGGACCCUUUUUCAUGGGUGGGGCUCUAUCCCCCCAGUUUUCUUUCUGGGUUUUAUUUUUCUAUGUUUUCAGUUGUAUGAUAAUAAUAAUAAUCUCCACUUCUUGGAGGGGGGGUGGGUGGGAACAAGAGGUAAUGAAUUUUACAAAUAUAUAUUUGUGUGUGUGUCUCUCUAUAUAAUGUACACACACACACACAUAUAUAAAAUUAAAGGAAUUGGUGUCACAAAGACAAGUAGCUCAGCUUUUGCCAGUGGGAAGGAGGGGGUGAGGAGUGUGCUCUCUCUCUCCACCCUUCCCCCUUCUUUCUCCAGCAUUAAAUGGCAUCAGACAGCCAGGGUGGGAGUGGGUAUUUAUUGUCACAUAAAUGAGGAUGCAUUAAUGAAUGAGCAGGGGUGGGAAUGGGAGACUCCUCUGUUCUUCCAGAUCCUUUUUACUGUUAAUGAUAAUAAUUUUGAAUGCUAUUUAUAUUGUAAAACUUUAUCAGUCUACACUUUCUCUGUAGGACACCUCUCCUCAUCCCUGCUGUUCUGACUGUAGGGAUUUAGCUGAAGUAACCUGGGAAGAGCACAGCAGGCAGUUUAAAGGGUCUGUCACACUGGAGGACUGGGGUUACUCCGCCAUCCAGUUCCAUCUCAUCCCAACUCCUGGGUGCUUCCUCUCUGCGGAGGGUGAGGCGUUUUUGUGGUGCUUCAGUAUCCCCAUCUCAGGAGGCUGUGAGCUGCCCCUGCCCCAUGGUGCAGCACAGGAGCAUCCUGGUCACUAAAACUGCCUUGAGAAAGGGCCCUGCUCUGCCCCAGGCAGUCAGACCAGGACAGGGGCCGGUCCCAGGCCCUGGUCCCAGCCCUGUGCUGCAGACACGCCGGUCCGUGAUGGACACAGCUCUCAGGUGACGCUGGCAGGGCACGCCCUGGGCCUGCUGGGGUGUCCUGCUCAGCUCUGGGGAGGGACACAGCCCUGCUCUGCAGCAGGACCUACUGCCUCAUCCUGGGUUUGGCACUUACAGACCCUGCUGCAGCCCCACAGCCCAGAGACUGUAAGUGCUGGGGAGGUGCCCCCUAAGAAUUGCUGCAGGUCUGGGCCAUCCUGGCAUACUUGGACAGGUAGGGCUGAGGGCUUGGGCACUGCAUAAGCAAUUGCAACUGCACUGUGUUGAGACCUGCCACCUCCAGCAGCUUGGGCUCUGCCCUGGUUCCGAGCUCUCCCCUGCUAUCUUUUCCUGGCCUGCUCUGGGAGCACACACUACAGGACACUGUCCCAGGCUCUGGCAGGUGUGACAGUUUGACCCCAAAUCCUUGAGCCCAAAAGGGCUUGUCUACACACCAGGGCACCAGAAGGACUUGUAUGAAUUAAUUGUGAUAGUUAUUUUGGUGCCAGUUUUAAUAUAUACCAGAUUGUUCUGAGCUUUGUCCUUUUUUAAAAAAAAAAAAAUCUUUUUUUAUACCAUGCAGGCACCCUCUCCCCUCCUCAGCUCUAAGGGAUCCCUAAGAUUUGUUUUCACCCUGAACAGAUAAAGGCCCCAUGAAGUUUAGGUUGCUAAUUUUUUUUGUUAUUUCCCUAAGGAACUGGUGCAGAUCAGGUCUGAUUUAUAAACAAGCAGUUCAGCUGUGUAAAUGUGGGGACAGAAUGUUCAGCUAAUGUUUCAAAAGGAAAGGAAAAAAAAAGUUGUACAGUAUUUUUCCUGUAAAGGUUAUUACUAUAUAUAGAACAAAAGAGAAACCACCAAUGCCAAGGGGUGGAGGGGGAGGUGUCACCUGCCUUCUGGAUAGCCCUUACAUAUGGUUAGUUUUGUGCAAUUUUUUUUCUCCUUUUUUUUUCUCUCUUUUUUUUCCUUUUUUUUUUUUUUUUUCUUUUUUUUUUCUUUUUUUUCUUUUUUUUCUCUCUUUCAAUGUAGUGUAUGUUUAUAGGGGUGGCAGGGGAGGGGGGGCCUUAAUGCUGUGGUUUGAGGCUGACUUCACACUCCCAGCACUGACCAGACCUGCACGAUUCCGAACUCUAACUUGAAUUUUGUAGAGAUGAAACAAAUGAAAACAAAUGACAUAUUAUCACUAGUUUGUAGUUUAUUUAAUUCUUUGGAGUUCUUUUCCUCUAUCAGCUAUUUGUGUGGCUUUUAUUUUUAUAGGGAUUUUUUGUUGUUGUUGUUUGUUUGUUUUUUGUUUUGUUUGAUAUAUCCCCUGCCCUCAGCUGUGUGUUUCCUAGCACAACCCCAUUCUUGAAUAGAAUGAAGCUCACUGUCCUUGGGCAGAAUGAUGAAAUGAUGCCCUGGAAUUUCUCAAAAUGGGAUGGGGAAAAAAGAUUUUAUUUUACUAGCAUUUGCUGCAGGUUCUUUACUUGUACAUUUUCCCUGUGUUCAGCUACUUAGAUAGUAUGGUGAUGGGCUCCAGGAGGAAUCCUUAGAUUAACACAAGCCACAUCUUGCAAAGCAGAUGUGAUUAUUUUGUACCGCCAAAAUCAACAGGAUCUCUGUCAGUGACUGUGGGAGCAGGACCAAGCCCUCCUGGGAGCGUGUCCUGCCCGGGCACACGGAGCUGGUGCUUCCUUGGGCCACUCGUGUCCCUGCUCUGGCAGCUGGAGCCUGCACUGUGACAGCUUUGCCUCUGUCACAGCUCCCCGGGCUGAGUGGCUGCACACGCUGGGGAAGGCAGAAGUGUGGAGGAAGGGGAGGAGAUGGGGCAGGGGGCCCAUCCCGGGGCCAGCUGCCCCCUGUGAACUCAUCCCGUGGGGCUGAGUGUGCCGGCAGGGCCCACGUUUAUCUAUGCACACCAUUUUGUCCCCCCAGGCAUCCAACUUCUCCCUGACAUCUCAGCCCUUCUCCCAGACUUCUGUCACCUCUUCUCUAGGAGCCGGCGCGGGGAAUGAGGGUUCUUUCCCAACAGGCUCCUGCUAAAGGUGGCCCCUGAGCAGGGCCUGGCCCUGUCCUUCUCCCAGUCCCGUUCCUGUAACUCUCACACUGUCUCUGUUUGCAACAACAACAAAAGAAAGUUGAACCUGACUUUUUAUUCUGCCAUGUUCAGGCUUUAAUUCAGCAAAACCCUUAAGCAGAUGACUCUGAGUGGGCCCAGGUUUAAGCUCGAGCUUAAGUGCUUUUUCUGAACAAGGGCCUCAACAGCCCAACGACCCCAUCAGAGCAGGUGGUUUGUCUUUGCAAGCUCUCAUAUCAAUGGGACUGUCUAAAGAAUGACCAGAGAAAGAGGGAGAUUCAACUGGCUCCGUAAGGAGGGGAAAGAGGAGAGAGGGAAUGAACCUAUUUUGUCCAAAACAAGAUAAAAACCAAACAAAAUAAACCUUGAGAUGGACCCUCCUGAUUCUACUACCAUUCACUGCUGAAGAGCAAAAAAAAAAAAAACAAAAAACAAAAAAACUUGACUAGAUUGUUCAUUCUAGCCACAAACUCAACUGGAUUAAAGUCUGCGUGGAAGGAAUUUUGUAAAGAAAAAAAAAUUUCAAAAAAAUUUUCCAAUGUAGCAAAAAAAGCAACUUUAAAAAACAAAAAUUAAAAAAAGACAAUGAGGGAGGAUUCUAGCCUUUUGUAAUAUCCAUAUUGCACACUAGGACUAUAAGCCAUUGCUAGCUCAUUUUGAAUUUUAAAUGUGUAAUUUUAUUUUGUUUUGUUGUUGUUUUUUUUCUUUCCAUGGGGGAGGGGGGGAAAUAAAUGCUUGAACCACCAAUGCUCUUUUUAAUGUUUUAUAAAUAUGUAUGUGUAUAUAUAUAAAUAUAAAAAUAAUAUGUAUGCACAUAUAUAUGUGUGUGUGUAUAUAUCUAUAUGUAUAUACAUAUAUAUAGAUAUAUAGAUAUAUAUAUAGGUUUUGAGACAAAAAUGCAGAAAGUGAAAAAAAACACCCUAAACAGGAUGGUGUGCUCUGAUUUACUUGAAUCUGGUCUCUUCAGCACCUGCAUUAUUAAGAACUGAAUAUUUUUCCACUUGAAUUUAGUGCUAUUAGAAAUUUAAUAUAUGUGUUUUAUUUAUUUGAUUUUUUUUUGCAUGACUGAUGCAAGGUUUGACAUUUUCACUCAAUAAAAACUGGAAAAAAAAAAACCCAAAGUUUUAAGUGA